AUGACAGGGGUGGACCUGGAGAAAUGCAAGCGUAUUGUACAAUACUUCUGGGACCCAGAGCCUAAGAACGACAUGGCGCCAGAGGCCGCCAUCUGGUGCCUAGGUCAAAUGUAUGCCCCUCCCCUCCAAAUCGCGAGUGGCGAACCCGAAAGACAUAACGCCCCUUCGAGUUCAAAGCGAGCGGGUGCCCCAAAUGACACUGCUGGAUUUGCCUGGCCGGAGGCAUUUAUGAAAGAUUUUGAAUCUAGAAUAUGGAUGACCUACCGCUCCAACUUCACACCCAUCCCCCGAAACAACACACCAGAAGCAACAUCCUCGAUGUCACUGGGGGUUCGUAUUCGAAGCCAGUUGAUGGACGCACAGGGCUUCACAUCUGACACCGGCUGGGGUUGCAUGAUCCGAUCUGGACAGAGCCUACUCGCGAAUACCCUCUGCGUUUUACUACUUGGCCGAGAUUGGCGAAGAGGCCAAAGGCCCGAGGAAGAAUCUAAACUACUUGCUAUGUUUGCAGAUUAUUCAGAGGCACCCUUCUCAAUACAUCGAUUUGUUAAAUGCGGUGCUGAGUCCUGCGGAAAAUACCCCGGGGAAUGGUUUGGGCCAUCGGCAACUGCUCGGUGCAUCCAGACCUUGUCGAACGAAUGCGAAGACCCCAAGCUGAGGGUUUACGUGACCAACGAUACGUCCGACGUGUACGAAGAUCAGUUCACUCGACUAGCCCGCGGCGAAAAUGGACGCUUCCAACCGACACUCAUCCUUCUCGGGUUGAGAUUGGGUAUUGAGCAGGUCACUUCUGUAUAUUGGGACGGUCUUCGAGCAUCUUUGCAAUAUCCGCAAUCAGUGGGCGUCGCAGGUGGACGACCGUCGGCAUCCCAUUAUUUCAUGGGCGUGCAGGAUUCACAGCUUUUUUUCCUUGACCCGCACAUCACACGCCCCACGAUUCCCGCCAAAGGCCCCGAUGAGGUGCAUACCCCAGAAGAAGUGGAUAGCUAUCACACUCGACGCUUGAGACGGAUUCACAUCAAGGAUAUGGAUCCCAGUAUGCUGAUCGGGUUUUUGAUUCGAGACGAGGCAGAUUGGGCCGAUUGGAAGGAGCGGGUCAAAUCCACGCCAGGGAAGCCGAUCAUACACAUCGUCACCAGCGGAGUGCAGACGGAUGAAGGCAUUGGCCGAGAGGAGGCGUUGGACGAAGUUGAAGCACUUGAUGAUUCGGAUGCACUAGAAUGA